AUGGAAAUACAUUAGCUUCUGGUAGUAAUGAUAACUCUAUCCGCCUAUGGGAUGUAAAGACAGGAUAAGAAAUUAAAUCAUCUGAUAAAAACUACAAAGAUAUUCUUGCAUAAUUUAAAAUACCACUUUAGAAUAGCUCAUUAUUACCAAAUGAUAUUUGUUAUUUAUUAUUAUUUAUUUGAGCCAGAUCGUACAAUACUUAGGAUUUGUUAGAAUCCUUUAUUAGAAGCACAAGGAACACUUAUCUUAUAAGGAGAAUUCAUCAACCAUUAAGGGAAAUAUUUAAAACCUUUUUUUAAAUCUAAAGGAGGUUGCCUUUUGGAAACUAUAAAAAACUUUGACAUAAAGAAAAAAGAAGAUUGUAUUGUAUAUUGA